CCACACAUAAUCGCCCAGGACAAUGCCAUAGCUGACUUCAUUGAUGAGUAUGCCUACACUGUCCUCAUUCCACCCGGUCAAAAUCCCGGUCUCGUUAAUGUGGGAUGGGUGCUGAGCAACGUGAAGACUUCGAAGCCCGCCUGGAAACACGGUGUUGCUCCCUUCUACGUGGAUCCGGACUUUAAUACUUCCCAGACAGCGGACUCAGAGCAGGGCAAUAACAACAAUACAACACCUGUAGUGACUGUGGACACACCAACUGAUAAAACAGCCGAAAAUGGUACAAAGGAAGGUCAAACGUUUGAGGACACCGAAAAACCCCGAGAGGACAAGCUAGAACUGGCUGAAGUUAGACAGGUUGCUGUCUGUCUGCUGGAACAGGAUCUUUCUUUGAAGGCAAAAAAGGUGAGUAUCUUCCCAUUUAAAGUGACGGACAGCCCUAAAGACUGGUUGCCCUGCUGCUAUUUCCUUGUUGCUACAUCUUUUGUGAAUCGGGGCACUCCGUCCUGCAAAGAAAGCGUGAAUGUGGCGGAACGUUCGUCGUUUUUGGUCAAUGCCGGUGAGUUACUCCAACGCAUCGCCACCGCAGAUGACGUGGGGAAACGCAUGAGUCAGGGCUUGGCCAUCACCUGUUGGGUUGACAUUGCAACUGGCACGCUGGGCUUCAAACUGAACGACCGCGAAACGGGUAUCCGGUACCAGGUUGAACCAUCCACCCACCUAUUUGCCGCUGCCUACGUCCGUCCAACCGCCAGGGACUGCCUCCAGUUCGAACUCGGUAGACGAAGCCGGUAUCACUUGCCCCUGCCAGCCGGCAUGGUACGACCUCCGCGCAGGGUGAACAUGCCGUUGCCUCACAGACUCACAGUGCAAACUCUCGAAGUAGGUGUCCCUUAUCCUACAAUCCUUGUCCUACUUGUUUCCAUUCACAUCUUACCAAUCUCCUAA